AUGCUCGACGUCACGGCACUCGUGCAGCAAAUGCGCGACACCCUGUCGGAAAUACACGACACGAUAACAUCGCUCGACACCAAGGGGCAUGAUGAGAAGCUAGACGCUCUCGAAUCACAGCGGGACGAGGUAUUUCGUCAACUGCAAUCUGCAUUCGAAAAGGAGUCUGCCGAGUUGAGCCAGCGUCGCCAGGCUGAGCGCGACGAGAUUGCCGAGAAGCGCCGGAAGGAAGACGAGGAAAUAGCAGCUCGUCGCAGGAGAGAAGAUGAAGACAAGGCCACAAGAGACCAUGACCAGGAUGCCGAGAGGGAGCAGAAGCUAGAGGGCGAGAAGGAGGGCGUGGAGCAGGAAACCGAUGAAAAGAUGGACCGCAUUGAGGAAGAGGCGAAACGAAUGCUAGACGAGGGUCACAACAAGCUGAAGGACCUGGAAGACAGACGAAGAGAAAUCAACCGCAUGAUUGAUGAACAAAUGAAGGCACCCCUACCGCCUCCACCGGCACGGAGAGCUAGACGCGGCACUAGAGCCUCGCAAGGCGGAGUCUCUGGUCAGACGGAAUCAAGUCGGCCACAAGAAAGCGGAGCAACCCUUGAGGCUCAAUCGCAGGACCAAACCCGGGAGGUCGAGGCGUCUACUUCCCGGAGCAUCGAGCCGGAAGAAAGCAGAGAGCAAGGGCUCUCACAGGCAGAGCCAAAGUCAAAUGAACCCCCACAAGAGUCAAGUAGUCCAGAGCAGGCAUCGGCCGAAGAGAAAUCGCCCCCUCAAGAUCAGCCGCAAGGGCAGGUUGCAGAAUCUGUGGCUGAACACGAGAGCCCCAGCGACAAGCCAUCCAGCCAAGAAGACCCAGGUCAAGUUCAAGAACAAGAAACCGCGUCAGAAAGCCACGCUAUGAGCGGCGAUAACAGAGAAAUCCCUGAAGCCAUGGUGGAAAAUCAUGAUCCCGUCCCGGGACAGGCGACUGGCGAGGAUCAAGAUAGCUCAAAUCGAGCCGCAGAACAGGCAGCACCACCUAGUGUGAAGAGUGAGCGGCCAGAAGAAGCAACCACAGACACCGCUCAAGGUGACGUGGGAGACUCUGAUCAGAAGGACCUCGCCCAGGACGAAUCGGCGACUGAAACUUCUGAUUCCAAACCACGAGAGCUCGACAGUGUUGAUGCACAGGAGCACUCUCAGAGUGGCAACGGGGACGCCUCCAUAGCCACGCCAUCUCACACCCAAGAUCAAGCUCUGGGAGUAGAGAGCGAGGGCACAGUCAGCAGUUCCGACAACGCUGGACAAAGCACGGAUCUACCAGCGGCGAACAAUCACCAGGAAGCUCUUGCAGCAAGAGAAGAUCCUGGUUCGCCCGAUCAAUUGACCGCAAGCGAACACAAGACCACCGACGAUCCAGCACGUGAAGAAGAGCCAGACCAUAGCCGCUCACAGCCCACAACUGACGGCCCAACUACCUCGGACAGCCCAUCGGAGCAUGGAGCACCAAAAGGCUCCGAUAACGACGACUUGUUCCAUGGGGUCGCCAAAGGCGGCGCUGCUGAGGAGUAUGUCAAGAUGGCGGAGGCUGAGUCCGGCCAAGAAUCACAGCCCGGAGGGAAGACAUCUUCUGUUCCAGAGCAGAACUCAUUGAGUGGCAGCGGACAGUCCCGCGAACAGCAAGAUGAAGAUCCCAGCCGCGGCAUCGAGGAGCCUGAAACAGCCCAAUUGGGUUCCUCCACAACCGACCGAGAAAGCCCAGAGCACACCAGCCACGCCCAGGCUGAUGAGCCAUUAUCUACGUCCGGAGAAGCUGAUUCCGUCGAAGAUAAGGGACGGUCGCCAGUCGAAAGCGAAGGCGGAAGCGGCCAGUUGCAAAGCAGGGACAUUGGCAGUCUUGACCACGGCAGAUCUCACGACGAGCCUACAGUGAACCCAGACCAGCAGUUGCCAAGCAGCUCUGGGCAGCCAGAAUUAGGCCAGUCUCAAGAUCUGGGCAGUUCUCUCACUGGAGAUAGUAAACACGAGGAACUGUCUUCGUCCUCCCAAGACAGUCCAGACGUGGACUCAUCAAAAGGGGAACGGCUGCAAGAGCCAGGACUGGUAGACCACUCGCAGAACGAGACUGCUUCAACGGAACCAGGUUUUCAGUCAAGGAACCUCGACUUGGCUCAAAACCCAGAAUCUGGGGACAACACGGUCAGCAAGCAUGGUGCAUCAGGGUCAGAAAAAGACGCUGCUGAUGGCCGGCCAGCCGAAGAUCAACAAGAGCUCCAUGGGAACGAACAACGCAACCUUUCUUUGGAACACGAGCAUGGACAACAAGAACAACCAGGGCAUGACGCGGUAACAGGGGUUGAGUCGGAAUCCGCCGGUCAACAAGGCCCAAGUAGCUCCGACCCAAGUGCUCCAGCGACAUCUAGCCAUGACUCUCAGCUCGAAAAGGAUUUAGGCAACAACCAAGACACUGGGAGCAUUAGCGGCCAUGAGGAGGCCGUAGAGAGUCAUGAUGCGCCUCAGACCUCCGUCGAGGAGAGUGUGAGCGGGGACACGGAAACACCACGGCAAAGUUCGCAUGUUACUUCAAAUAUCGUGGAGCCAAGCAAAACCGACGCCUUGCACCACGAAUCAGCCGGCGAGCAAGAACCCGGCGAUAAACGAAGCGAUUCCGGCUACGAGACCGGUAUGGCUAGCAGUCGAAAUCUCGAGGACUCAACCACGACGUUGCACGAAGACCAGCAUGAACAUCAACAUGUGCAAGAGGCCGAACAAUCACUGGCCAGUGCGCCUUCUGAAAGCGAGCAGGAGAAGCCAAGGCAACCGCGGCCCGAGCAAAUACUCGAGGGCUCGGGAAAAGGCGCGUCUCCUCCCAGACUGGGAGGAGAACAUCAAGGCUCAGACGACCAUCCAGUAGAAGAGACUUUCGAUCUCUCCGGGAGUGAGCCCAUACCUGGCACUAUGACGCACGGGAAAGAUGAGACUGAGGGCCAGGCAAAGGAACUCGCGGGCGGAGAUGUCAGCUCGCAAGACGUCAGCCACCAACGGCCAGAUGACGAUCUCGCGGUCGGAGCCCCUGCGGAUGAAAACCAACGGGGUGAAGCUGUCGAUGAGACUCAUGAGAAGCAAGAUGUGAGAGGACCCCUUCCACACGAGUCGUCACAGGAGGCCGAUCACGACCACACGCAGCCCGACUCUCAAUCUGUGGCUCAUGACGCGGACAAUACCAUACCAGCCGAUUCACGCAAUCAGGUAGCGGAAGCCCAGCUCCAACAGGGAGACUCUCAGAGCGUGGCCGAACCCCUCGGUCAGGGUCCGUCGGAUGAAAUGGAAAGCAGCUCGAAACUUCCUACCGAAGUUGGCCCCCAAGAUCAGGCAUCCAUGUCCAACGAUGGCCAAGCUGAGCAGUCGCACCCUGAGGACGACGUCAAGAACACGACUAGUCGUGACACGGAUGAGCCACAACCAAAUACCACAGACGGGCCAAACGAGGACGCUGACGAAGGCCUGUUCGCUGUACCUCCUACGCCGCGCCAUGAAGUGGACCAUGACAAGCCUUCGCAACUCCAAAGUGACGGCGAUUCGAAGCCGUCCAGUCGGGCUAGCAGCCGAAAUGGCUCCACGGGAGCGGACACGUUGUCCCCCAAAGCGGCGGAGGGACUACAAGGCUCGUACCGUGAGGAGAGUGACCGAGAACUUCCGCAGGAGGCUUCAGCAACCAAGGAAGACGUACACAAUGAGGUGUCUCACAGCCCCGAUGGCGCGCAACAACCUCGUCCGGAUGUAUUCGAAACAUCCGACAGUCCCGAGGAGAAGACAGCCGGGUCUCGGGUUGAUUCAGAGGAGUCGUCAAACCGCGGGACGCCGGACCGAGGGCAGCCGGAAGAGUCGUCAGUUACAGGAAAUGAAAGUUUGCCUCACGAAACAUCAGCUGGCGACGAUCACGAACAAAAGGGCCAGAAACACAGUGCAAAUUCGCCUUCGAGUCCCGCAGAACAAUCAAUCGCGGAUGAGAGGCAGUUAGACAAGCCUUUGCAACCUGGAACAUUCUCUGUGGAGCAGCAUACCGGUGAUGCACCGAGCAAGCCAGAAGUCAAGGAAGAACACAGUGAAGAGACGCAGGCUGGGUCAGACAAUCUGUCCCGUGGCACCAGUCUCGAACACGACUCAGAGCCGUAUGGGUUGACAAAGGAACAUGGUCUCAGCCAGGAAGGCUCGAGCUCGAGCCAUACUGGAGGCCAGACUCUGGAGUCUGCGGGCAAUGUUAAUCAACAAGAAGGGCCGCAGGAGGACUUCAGCCCUCGGGAAAUGAGCACUCAGCCGAAGUCAGAGCGAAGCGAAAGAGACAGUGGAGAGAGUGGCAACAGGAGUCUAGGUGAAAGUGGUCAAGUUCAGCACGGCGAAAUUUCUGAGCCCCGGCCUCUCGAAGAGAGGCCUUCCCAAAGCGUUUCACCUGAGGACAAAGAGAUAUCCAGUGGCCAAGACAGCAACAGACAGAUUGCCGAUCCGCCACAAAUUGGCCAAGGCGAGACGCAGCACCCCGAGUCUGGCCCCGGAUCAGACGGAGAACAACUUGAACAAGGUCACGCGGAUACUGACCGCAUAGCCCACCAGCCACCACCUGAUCACUCGAACCAACAUUUCGGCGCUCAGCGGGUGAACUACGAUGGCGAAGGCUAUGGCGUCACGCCCUCCAGCGAGUACAGCAAUGAUACUCUCGCAGAUUCAGCGCCUCGGGAGACGAAGGAGACGCACCCUGCCGACGACUCCAUCGACACGCGCCAACCCGAGCCACACACUUACGACAUGGACAGCGGCUCGGAGACAUUCGAGACGCCACUCGAGUCCGCCGACUUUCGAAGGUCCCACCAAGACGGUCGAUCUGUGACACCGGGUCAUUUUUCACAGGCACUCGAGCACCUUCCGGGUGAAAGUGCGCACACCGUCCAAGGCACUGAUGACCUCUUUGACGACACUGACGAUGCCGAGGAUCAGGAUGACUACGGUGAAGCUGUCGUCUAUCAACACUCGAACGAGGCCGCUGAAAGCUCUCCCGGUGAGGAAAAGACUGUUUACUCGACACGGGGCGACGAGAACAACACCGCCCUAGGUGGCCAUCGCUCCUCGCUUAGCCUGGGCAGCGUCGGUCACCGCUCGCAGGGCAGCAUCAGCAGUAUGCGCGACACAACCCCCGUGCGUCCCACGUUCGGGUCUUAUAUCGGAGGGCCGAGCAUUGUUCGUGCGGAUUGGGCAGCGGAGCACGAGGAGGAGUUGCGUCCGUCUUCUCGAAACCCCACGCCACAGCUGGGUCCAUCCACGACGCACGACACACCUGAGAUCAGUCCAUUCGCGCUGCGCAACACACCGGUGCCCAGUCAUGGGAGCGACCAGAGGGGCUUGAGUUCGAGCAUGUGGAACCCGGAAAGGCCGCAGACGCCGACUUCUGCAACAUCACACAGCAACAACCCUUUUGCAACGCCUCAGCGGCAGGCUGAGUCUGACAUGGAUCCCUCCCUGUUCGUGCCCCGCGACGUCACACACGGUCGGCAGGACUCUGUUCCAGCGUCGCUGCACAGCCAGACCACACUUGACUCAUCAUGGUCGUCACCGGUGCACUCGUCUCUCCCCGUUGACAGGCACGAGCCUGUGAUCCGCGACAGCUGGCCAGCUCCGGCUCCUGGCUACCAGCAGUACCUGUCGAGCUGGGGUUCCCGUCCACGUGGUGAUACCACGAGCACCGCUCCCGAGUAUGACCCCUUCAGACCCGACAACGGCGGCGCUCCCGGCGGCCACCUCGCUGCCAAAUCUUCCUCAAGCUACAAUCCGUUCCUUCAACGCGGACGUGCCGAGUCUUCAGUCAGCACUGCUCCCAGCAACCCGAGUGUGAGCAACAGCCCGAGCCGCGGGAGUGCGUUAUUCGCAAAGAUGCGGAAUAUCUUCGAGAACCAGAGCUCGAACGGGGCCAGUGACGCCCCUGCAAGCCCAGGCAGGACGCGACCUGUCUCUGGAGUCUUUCAUCCCGCCGUCUCUGCGCCGAGAAAGUCUCAGGACAGUUUCACAGGACCGCGCGAUGACGAGCGCGGUGGGUUCCUGAACGAGGCGGAUCAUGAGAUUGACGAGCGCAGUGCAUUUCUGAGAAGUGACGGGCAGCCCUCGGGUCACAUGGGUUACAAUGACGAACAUUGA